UACAUAACAGUUAUACCCCGCCCCCCCCAAAAAAUAAUAAUCCCAUUGUAGUUAUCUACUCUUUACAGACAAGCUUUGGCCCUACCUCUAAUGCUUGGUGAUCACUAAUUAGCUCUCCUCCCUGUAGUUUUACAUUUUCCAGAUGCCCUAUAAAUGGAAUCAUACACUAUUAUGGUCUUUUGAGUCUGUCUCCUUUCACUUAGCAUAAUGCAUUUAAGAUUCAGCCAGUGUUGUAUGUCUCAAUAGUUUCUCCCCUUUUAUUACUGAGUAAUAUUCCAUUGUAUGGAUGUACCAUAGUUUAUCUGUUCCUCUGUUGCAGAACAUUUACUUUGUGUCUAGUCAUGGGUAAUGAUGAAUACAGCUAUAAUCUAAAUGUUCGUGUAUAGGUUUUUAUAUAAAUGUUGAUUUUAAUUUAAUUUCAUUUGGGUGAAUAUCUAGGAGUAUGAGCUCUUUAUUUUUCCUUCUCAGUAUAUGACUGUUUUGCAAUUGUUCCUAAGGGACAUUUGUGUUGUAGGUAGAAUUCCGACUUGACUGUUCUUCUGACAAUUUAAAGACGUCCUCCUGUCUUCUGAUCUCCCUGGUUUCACAACCUUACUGAUUGUUCUCCAAGUUUUGACUUUCCUCACCAGUCCUGCUACUAGGGUGGCUUGUGCAGAGAUAGUUACUUUCUGUACUUUCGUUCAGUGAUUCUCGUUGUAAUUGGGAGACAGAGGCUAAACUGGGCUUAUUCUAUUUUGGCUCGUACUGGAAGUCCCUGUAUUAACUACCAGAAAAAGGUACUUUGCAAAUAAAUUAUAACUUGAUGACAGAUAGGACAGGGUAUUUUUGUUUCUUUGACUUUUUGGUUUUUUCUUCUUUCCUAGAGUUCGCCAGUGUGCCUAAUGACUUAUUCUGUGAUCUCACAGACGAAUGAUUCUUUACCAUGGUACUCUUCAGCAACCUCCUUCUAUAUGUAGGACCUGGGCCUCACUUCAUUGCUUGCUCACAGCAUACAAAUAAUUUGUUCUUCCUCAUGAAAUGACCAUGUUUCGAUGCUACAGUGUGACUCUAAAGCGUAAUGAAGAUUUAGGGGAAAGGAGAAGGAUGUCAUUGGAUCUAACUUUGUAAACUGGGAAAUUAGAGAUACCUUUUUCCUUGUAUAUUUUCUUGUCUUUUUCCAAGAUUUAUGUGGCAGCUACCAUGAUGGCUGUAGACACCAUGCAAUUUGAAAUGGCAUUUCUCUGUAUGAAUCUGGUGUCAGGAAGGAAUAUGACAGGGACAUACAAAUAAGGACAGGGACGGUGGUGAUGGGGGAAUGAGAGGGACCCUAAACAGGGACAGAGGAGGAGUUUACAGCACAUCUUAGACACUGUGCUCACUGGGAUUUAAAAUCAACAUUAAACACAGUAUCUGUAGAGGUUGCCCUGUCCUCGAGAUGUCCAACUGUCAUAGUUUGCAGUCACAGAAUUGUUAGGACACUAGUUCUGACUCCUGAUGAUGGAUGAUAACCCACCAACAGCCCUACUGUUUCUAAGGCACCGUUAAUUUUAGGAAGAUCUGGGAGUGGGGAGGGGACACAAAGCGAGCAUUAAAACAUUGGCUCACUUUGAACGGGAGCAGUCAGAUGACCCAGGCGGUUUGGAGACCCUUGAGCAGUGUAGCCCACUGGUCAGCCAUGCUUCUCCGUGGCUGCUUCCGUAGGCUCUGAUACCAUUUAUAACUGAGUUUUCUUCACUUCUUUAAAUGAUGUGAUGUAGCCCCAGAGAUGAACCUUAAGCUGGUCUAGAAAAUGCUUUUCUUAUGCUCUUCAACCUACCGGAAGAUCAGGGAGAAAAAUGACUCAGGCUCUUGUUUCUCCCUCCCGCUCCCCCUGUUUAGCACACCUGCAUGUCUGUGCCUGUGAAGUUCUCUCUGUUUUGAGAAGCCGAGCUAUGCAAUGUUGCCACGCCUUGGGCACAUGCCUGCUUCCACUCGGUCUCCUUUGUUCAGUCUGUUAAAGGGACCUCGCUGAGGCACAUUCGAGGGGAAGAGCAAGGAGGCUCAGGCGCUCCGUGGUGGUUUCUGUGGGAGUAGCCUGUCUGGCUGCAUUCAGUGCUCACCAGGUCUAGGGUCCCGGAGAGACAGGGCCGAGUUCCUGUCGUUCUCCAGCAGCUGUAACUUCUUGCAGUGCCAAACACCCAAAGCCCCUCCCUCACCCCCUUCCCAUUUUAUCGCCUUCCUCUCCACUCCCCCACCCCUUUAUUUUCCUUUCUCAGUCUUUCCCAAGUCUGUUACAGGUGUGGUUCAGAUUUGGGGGAUGGAGAAGGGAUCUGGUUCUCUCUCCAUCAUUCCCUCACUCUUCUCAGUGUGUUCUUGGCUAGUCUACAAAAACUUCAUAAUGGUUUCUGCCUUAGUUUGUCCUUAAAAAUAUGUUAUUAGAUCCUUCUAGCAUGUUCUUUAGAAUCCCAAAUAUUUGGUGACAGACCGUUUGAAGGUCCAACAAAAAUAUGGCAUUCAUGAUCCAAAGCAGAGCAGAGUUUGCUAGUUUGGGAUAGUUUCCUUAGAAAGAUUCAAUCUCUUUGGAAAACAAAGCAAACAAAACAAAAAACAAAUCUUUUUAUCUUUGGGUUCAAGUUAGCAUCUUUAUCUUCAUGAAUAUGUAUUGAACACUCCAGAUUAGAGACUAAUUAGGGAUUCGCCAGAGUUGAGGACUGGAAAAAUGGUUUAAAAUCACCACCUUCUCUCAGUGUCUUCAUAUUCCUAAUUCAAAUUAAGUACCACAUAUUUUGCUAGCACACUCGACGGGAUUUAAAAGCUUUUAAUGAGAUUAAGUAAUAAUACAGUCUAAAUGAGAAGCAAUUACAAAGCAGUCAUUUUUACAGUUAUAAACGAGUCUGUGUCAUUCAUUUUGUUCUUCUUAAACUGUGCAGUUGAGUAGACCCGUAUGCUGCCCUUACAGCAGCAUCUCGUGUACUAUGAGAUAGCCCUCAAAUAUUUCAGUAAGAACGUAAUUGUGUUGUGAGUUUGCCAACACACCAUGCUGUCUGUCUUCUUGCUACUAGCACGCCUUCCACCCUCCAUCUCAGGACGUGUCCAGCUUGAUGUUCCACCUGACACCAUGCCACAACAGCGUGUAUGCUCCCUGCUAACAACCUAUAUUUCAAGCUAUAUUCCAGAGUCAGCUAAGUAUUUUGAAAGCAAAAUAUUUUUGACUCUGCAGGCCAUAAAGUCUCUGUUGCAAAUAUUCAUCUCUGCCACUGAGGUAUGAAGGCGGCCAUAAACAGUGCACAGACAAAUGGGCAUAACUGCACCCCAGUAAAACUUUAUCUCCAAAAAUGGCACCAGUCUGGAUCUGGCCAACAGCUGUAAUUUGCUGAUCCCUGAGUAUUGCCUAAGCCGAUGCAAACAAAGCAUGCUGGCAGGUUUAAGGAAUGGAUUGAAGGAUGCCAGUCCGUUCUUACAGUGACCACUGUUAACCUGUGAGAUCCUGACAUUGGAUUGAAAGCAGAUCACUGGGAAUCUUAAUCUGGACUAAUCUGUGUUCCUCUUGUUAAUAUCCUCCCACAACUCUAACUAGUGGUAUAUCCUUCAUCUUCACACAUGAGAGGAAAAGAAGGAGGAAGAUCGAUUUUCAGUUCCUCAGCUGUAGUCUGAGCCACUGUCCCUUGUUUUUACCAGUCCUCUUAGGAUAUAAUAGAACGUUGCCUAGUAAAAUGUAGACGGUUAUUAUUGCCAUUCUGUAAAAACAGUUGGACCAGUGCCAUGAGGUUUCUUGUUUCUGCUAGCUAGUACUCGCUCGCUGCUUCUGGCAUUGCAGUGUGCUUUGCUUAAAUAUUAGACAGGAAAAGUUUGUGUCUACUUUAGCACUUUGGCAACCCAGGCUUUGGAGCUAUUGUAAACUUCUGUAAAUCUUUUGUUACUGUUUCAUUAGGUGGAAUGAAUGUUUCUUUAUCCCAAGUUCUUCCUGCCUGUCCUGUUCUUGGUAUCAGUUCAAGUGUCAGUCUGGAGUGCCAGUAAUAACAGGCGUCCCCUCUGCCCCUUCCUGUUCGGGAGGGAGGGUGUUGUCUCCUACAGGUUUUUUUUCUCAUGCUGAAAGUUGGGGCAGGAUACCUAGGCGGCUUUAGUGAUUGAAAAUAAACUGUAAAAUCUCUAUCAUUUAAAUUUGCAGUUCAGAUUUGAUAAGUAAUACAGUAUUAGAUAGUUCACAUGAGGAUGCAUCUUGAUUCCAAUCUCAGUUUGCCGGAACUUGCAUUGUGAAACCCACUCUAAUUCAUAUUAUAUAAUUUGUUUUAGUAAAGGCUAUGAUUUUCUGGGUGGAACAGGUGAACUUUUCUAUUCGGUCAUCCUGAAAGCCAAGUCAUUCUAUAUAUCUGAGCCCCUUUCUCUUCAGUUCUCAGGUUGACUUGACUCCCAUCAGCCCAUCACUCUAUUUUCUCUGUCUGAAGGCCGUUGUACUAGAAAUAUCUGUUUAGGCCUGAGAAUCGUGUCCUUCACUUUUGUCUUUUCAAUGCCUGUAUAGCAGGGAGAUGAACAGGGGAAGUGAAGGAGUCUGCAAAAAAAACUCAAUCUUGACUUUUGAACUAAAGCAGAUGAUCAAUGAUUGGCCUCUGUCAAGACCCCAAGGAAGUAAAGAACAGAGCUCUGUGAAGAAUGGGUUGCGUCAGACCCAUCUCAUUUCCUCUGAUGACAAAGUGACAGUCCAAAAUGAUAAGGGAAAAAUAGAUAUUAUCUAUAUGGAUUCUAGAAAGGCUUUUGAUUUCAUCCAAUGUGACAUUCUUAUCAACAAAUUAGGAGAGUCUGGUCUUGAUCACAUUGCAGGGAGGUGAAAUUCCCACUUGAUCGAGAGGUUUGACCCAAACUCAGAGUCGUAGGUCCUUCUGUUAGUCUAAACCAGGUUCUUUUCUCCCUCCUUGGAACUGUUUGAAGGAGCCACCUACUUGAUGGGUUGAGAUCAGGAAUUCUUUGGAAAAACAGUCAGUGUGUCAAAGUGGGAAUAAGGGUAAAUACGCUUGUCUUCAAAAUUGAUGGAACCAGACUCAGGGUACAGAAUGAUUAAGUUGAUAUGUAGCCUGGAAAGGCUCAGGGACCAAAAGGACCCUUAACUGAAUGUAAGAGAAGGCCGCUGCUGUCGCUGGAAACCUAGACUCAGAACUUGAGAGCUAGAGGAGCCUUGGGAGCACAUUGUUCAUCCUCUUCAUUUGCAGAAGGGUUGCUAGCCCAAGAAGGGGGUUGUAUGCGGUUAGCAUUGACUUAAAAACAAAACUUCCUCAAAACAUAUUUUACAUACCAUAGAAUUUCCUUACUUCAAGUAUAUAAUGCAAUGAUUUUUUAAAAAAUGCGUUUACCAAGUUGUGUAGUUAUCACCAACGAUCAGUGUCAGAACAUUUUCAUCAACUCAGUAUGACUCCUUGUGGCAUUAACUGUAAAUUCCUGUCAACUACUUAUCUCCCAGCCGUAGGCAACCAUUAAUCUACUUUUUAUUAAUUUCUAUAAUCUAUCUUUCUAUAAUCUUGCCUUCCUUUCCUGGCUAUUUCAUGUAAAUGAGAUCUUACAAUAUAUGGUGCUUGUGUUUGGUUUUUUCCUUCUAUUGAUUUAUUUUUCUCUUUUAUGGUACUGGGAAUUGAACCAGGGCUUUGUACAUGCUAAGUAAGCUCCACCACUGAGCUAUAGCCCCUGCUUCUUUCACUUAGCAUAAUGUUUGAGGUUCAUUAUGUAACAUGUAUCAAGAAUUCGUUCUAAUUUAUUGCUGAAUCGUAUCCCUUGAUAUGGAUGUGUUCUGUUUUGUUUAUCCAUUCGCCAGUUGGUAGACACUCAGGUUGUCUUCACUUUGGGCUACUGUGAAUCAUGUCAUUGAUUACAUUCACGUCAUUGUUUAAAGUUCAGUAACUCUUCCUUCACAAAUUUGUGUGAAAUUCUCCAUUAGGUGUGGCCUCUUCUUGUACCCUUUUUCUUCAAGGAUGGACUGUAGAGUUCCCUCCAAGAAGGAACUCUGGUUGUUAUUAAUGUUCUAAUAAAUAGCCUUAGGAUAUUAGAUAGUCCAGAGAAGAAAAAGCUUGUUAAUCUAAUACCUGUCUUUUAUUCUCUGAUGGCUGAUGGAAACUGUUAACCAAAUGUCCUCCUUCUUCACAGAAAAUAAAUAAGAGGGACCGAAUUUAAAUUGUAGCAAAAAAACCCCACUUCAGGUGGGCAUAAGGAAGCACAUUGUAUGAUAGUGGAUGCUAUCAAGUUAAUUUGCAAUAUUACAAAACAAAGCCCAUUCAGUUUCCUCUGAGAGAAGCUUCUGUGCAUGCAUUUAAAUCCGUCCAAGGCCAGAUGGCCUCUGUGAAUCCUAAAAGCCAGGCAGUCUUUUUGUGGUACUUUUCUUUGUGGUUAAGGAAGACAUUUGUCUGUUGGUGUUCACAGAGAUCAUUUCAUUGUACCCAUGAAAAAUAAAACUAGUCAUUGGAGAGUUUUAUUUAAACCACAGGCUAUACCAGAAGGAGGCAUGAUAUUCUCCCAUGUCCUAAAGAGAGCAAUGUCCCCUAGCUACUGUUCUUUCCCAAAUAAUAGCAGGACUCAUCAUUACUCAGUUCUAGCACAAUAUGGCUUAAAAAUUAAUUUACAAUGCAUUAGACGAAUGAUCUUGAAAAUGUAUACUUGCUUAACUUUUCUGUUUUCCUUUUUUCUCAUCUGGAAUACUUUUAAGUCUUUAAGAGGAAUUUUAUGAAACCUAGAUACCAAAACAUAUUUUAUACAAAUGUAGGAGAUUAGUAUAAAUAGUAGAAAUGUGAACAUGGUCAUCAGCUUAUAACUACAACUAGUCCCUGUGGAUCUACGUGGUCCUUGAGCGCAACAAUGCUGUUGUAUUUGCAUUUGUAUCCUAAGCACUGGGUCUAAGACUUGAUAUAAUAAAUCAGAUUGAACUUUUUUUUAUUUAAAAAUUUUUUUAUUGGUGCAUAGUACUUAUAGAGAAUGUUGGGGUUUCACUGUGGCAUAUUCAUAGAUAUGUAAAAGUCUCAUUUGAAUUACUUUGAAGUAAGCAGGGGAGAUGCUAUUAUCAUCAUUUUGCAGACUUGAAAUUAAGACCCAAAGUGCUACAAUAGUUUAGUCUGUAAGUCUGUGAUUUCAUGAAUACAAUUUUUGAAUACUUGGAAGACUAGAACUCUGACUACCUAAUAUCAAAGGUGGGGUUUCUCAAAGUAUGCGUGGGAUUUCCUGUUACAGACUGACUUCUGAAGAUGCUUAUUAAAAAUAGAAAAUAAAAUCUCACAAAUGUAAUGUUGAAGAAAGCAUCCAAGUAUGGAAGCAAGCCAAAAAAUCAGAAAUAGAAGAGGAAACAUCAACUAUCAACUUUUAUAGAAAUAAAAAGGAUUAUAAGCAAGUGCUAUGAACAACUGUAUGCUACCAAGUUGGAUAACUUAGAUGAUACUGACAAAUUCCUAGAAGUACACAAUCUAGUAUGACCGAAUCCUGAAGAAAAAAAAAUUCUGAAAAGACCUGUAAUAACUAGAAAGGAUACUGAAUUAGUAGUCAAAAACUUCCCCCAAAAGAAAAGCUAGGGGCCAGAUCCCUUCACUCAUUCUGUGACGCCAGCAUUACCCUGAUAACAUGGUCUAGAAAGAUACUACAACUAUAGACCAGUGUUCCAUAUGACUAUUGAUAUAAAAAUUCUGGCAGACAGAAUCAGUAAAAUAUUAAAAGAAUUGUACACCAUGAUUAAGUAGGAUUUACUCUUAGAAUGCAAGAUUGGUUCAGUAUGUAAAGAUCAACCCAUGUAAUACGUAAUAUUAUGAGAAGGAAGUGGGGGAAAUCACAUUGUUACGUUAUCUUCUCACUGAUGCAGAAAAAGCAUUUGACAGGAUCCCAUACUUUCAGUAUAAAAACACUCAACACACUAGGAAUAGAAAAAAUGUUCCUCAACAUAAUAAAUGCCAUAUAUGAAAAGCCCACAGACAAUGUCAGACUCAGCGGUGAAAAAUCAAAAGUAUUUCCUCUGAGACAAGGAACAAGACUAGUAUAUCCACUUUCUCCUUUUCUAUUCAACAUAGUGUAGAAAUCAUAGCCAGCUCUCUGCUUCCUGGUUGCCAUGUCUAGAAUUGCUCUUCUCCUCCGUGCCCUCUACCAGAUGUUCUCCUUCACCUGGGGCCCAGAGCAAUGGAGUCAGCUAUUUAAGAACUGAGACCUCAGAAACCAUGAGCCAAAGUCAACUUUUCCUCCUCUACAUUGUUUUUGUGAGGUCUUUUGGUCACAGCAACAACAACACAAAAAAACAAACUGACUAAAACACACUGUUAUACGAAUUAGCCCAAAAUGAAUCAAAAGAACUGACAGCAUAAAUCUCUUAGAUGAAAACAGAUGGUAAAAGCUUCAUGACCCUGGAUUUCUCGAUGAUUUGUGGAUACAUUACGAACAACAGCACAGACAACAAAAGGCCACAUCAAAAUUUGGAACUUUCAUGCAUCCAAGAACAACAGAGCAGAAAGGUAACCCACAGAAUGGGAGAAAAUAUUUAUAAAUCAUAUAUUUGAUGAGAAAUUAGUACUCACAAUAUUAAGGAACUUUUAUAAUUCAACAAUAAUAAUUUAAAGGAAAAAUUUUAAAAAAUGUUUGAAGGAUUUGAAUAGAUGUUUCUCCAAAGAAGAUAAAAUAAAUGUCCAGUAAGCAGGAGAAAAGAUGUUCAACAUCAAGCCUCUGUGGGGAAAUAGAAUGUUGCAGCCAACAUGGGAAAUAGUAUGGGAGUUCCCCAGAAUGAUAAAAAUAGAAUAAUCAUGCUCUAGCAACUCCACUUCUAGGCACAUACCCCAAAAGAAUUGACAUUGGGGACUUAAUCAGGUGUUUGUACACCUAUGUUCUUAGUUGCAUUCUUCACCAUAGCCAAAAGAGGGAAGCAGCCCACGUGUCCACCAGCAGAUGAAUGGAAAGACAGAGCUUGGCAUGUUUACACAAUGGGAUAUCGUUCAUCCCCAGGAAGGAAUGACAUCCUGAGACAUACUACAACAUGGGUGAACAUCAGAGACAUUAAGUGGAGUAAACCUGUCACAAAGAGGACACAAAUGCUACAUACUUCCACUUUUAUAAGCCAUACAGAGUCAUCAAAUUCAUAGAGACAGGAGGUAGAAUUAGAGGAGGAGUGAAUUGAAGAUGAAAAGUAUAUACUAUAUUAUUUCAUUAAGAUGCAAAAAUUAAUUUAUGGUGCUAGAUGUCAGGAUAUCAGUUACCUUGGCAGAGGUGAAUAAGAAGAAAGAAGUUUUGAAGAAAGAAGCUUUUUCUGGGGUGCUGGUGAGGUUUAUUUCUGGAUCUGGGUGCUGUGACGCAGAUGUGCACCAUCAAUGAAACUCUUUGAGCCGUAUAGUUACAGUUUAUAUGUUUUUCUGUAUAAAUGAUAUACUUUUUAAAUAUCCCCAAAUAAUCAUGGACCCCACCCACAGCAGGGCUCCAGAAUCAGAAUGUCUGAGGGUGGGACCUGGCCACCUGGCAUUUUAAAAACCCUCUUCCAGGUUUUUCUUAAGAACAUUGGACUUUGAAAAUCUUUGCUCUAGUCAAUCUUUGCUCAAUCCCCACCCCUUCCCCGCCCCCGCCAGGAUAUUGGGUAAAUAUCUUUUCAAUGCUCAAUAAUUCUUUGACUCUUCCCUUAUAAUAAAUAUCCCUUAGACAAAAAAUGAUUUCUUUGAGUCAUUUACCUUCUCCUCCUGGGAAAAUGCAUACCGCCUUUCAGGUGCUGAGAAAAAGAACUCAGAAAGCAAAGGCAGGUAGAAGUGUAUAGUUUUACAUUUUCUCUGUAAAAUACUUUCGUGUGGCAAUACUAUAAUGUAUCAAUAUUUAUCUGGAAGAGUCAAAAACAAUUUUCUUGAGGCCCUCUAAAAGUAUGGCAGGUGCUAGGACCUGGUGGCAUCAGGCAACUUCAGGUGGAGAUGAGACUUCCCUUGGGGAGGCGUGGUGCUGUGGAGCAGGUCUGAAAAGCCAGUUCUCCCACACCUGAGCUACCUGCGCUCCACCCCACUCUCCCUAUACCGUCUCCCAGGUAGAGGAGAUAAAAGCUGCUGAAAUUUUUACACUUUUGCUUGUUGAAAGCAUGUUUCUUGCAAAGGCCUUGUUGGAAGGGGCCGAUCGAGGUCUUGGAGAAGCUCUUGGAGGUCUCAUUGGAGGAGGUGUCCAGAGAAGAGGAGGAGGAGGAGGAGGAAGCCUUGGCGGGAUCGUGGGGGGCCUUGUGAACCUGAUCAGCGAGGCUGCUGCCGCUCAGUAUACCCCGGAGCCGCCGCCGCCCACCCAGCAGCACUUCACCACCGUGGAAGCCUCGGAGAGCGAGGAGGUGAGGCGUUUUCGGCACCAGUUUGCGCAGCUGGCUGGACCCGACAUGGAGGUGGGUGCCACUGACCUGAUGAACAUUCUCAACAAAGUCCUGGCUAAGCACAAGUAUCUGAACACCGCCAGAUUUAGCCUGGACACCUGCCGCAGCAUCGUGUCUGUCAUGGACAGCGACACCACGGGGAAGCUGGGCUUCGAGGAGUUCAAGUAUCUGUGGAACAACAUCAAGAAGUGGCAGUGCGUCUACCUGCAGUACGUCAGGGACGGUUCCGGGUCUCUGGGGAGCUCCCAGCUGCGGGAAGCUCUGCAGGCAGCGGGCUUCCAGCUGAACGAACAGCUUUACCAGAUGAUCCUCCGCCGUUACGUCGACGAGGACCGGGGCAUGGACUUCAACGACUUCAUCAGCUGCCUGGUCCGCCUGGACGCCAUGUUCCGUGCCUUCAAGUCCCUGGACAGAGAUGCAGAUGGCCUGAUUCAGGUGUCCAUCCAAGAAUGGCUGCAGCUGACCAUGUAUUCCUGAAGUGGGCAGAGAAGCCAGGAGGCUUCCUGAAGGACAGGACUGCUGAAGGUCCUGCCACUCUGUCCACGCUUGCUAUGACCCUGCCCAACAGCUGUCACUUCUGGUCGAGUCCUCUCAGGAGCCCUGCACAUUUCUGAUAAGGGGCUAUCCUUAGCUGCCUAAUUAAAACAGAUUUUUUAUGAAAACUGCUCAGUGGUUUGUAUAUCAGCCCGGGAGAUAGCAGGUGAUCAUAGAUGUAUGUACGUAGUGGGGAGGUAGUGGGGAGAGUUCUAGUGGAGUAGAAUUUAAGGCGUGGUUGCUUAUUGGGCGAAUGAAUUCCAGCCAUUUGGAACUUUGUCCUUGUUGUGACUGUUGUUAAUAAUGAAAUUCUUUUUAAUCCUGAAAUAAAUUAACAGAGCACUC